AUGCCAACUCGUGAGCGGGUGAAUAGCGCGGAAUCCGCCGACACUCGGUUCGCUAUCCUACAGGAUGCCAAAAUAGCUGCGUUAAAUGUGGACUGGCCUACUCCACCCGGUUCCAUGUCGUCACCCUCCAGUACAAAUAAAGUACAGCGAAUUAGGUCAUCCAGCUCGUUUUGUGCAAGCCUGUCGCCUAAUCUGGUCAAUAGUAAUGCCAACAACAACAGUGGUCUUGCUACUCCCAUGUGUCCCGCUGGCGCUAUAGCUACCAUUGCUACCGCCACCGCCACCGUCCCAUCCAUUCUCUGUACAUCUCCCCUGUCUAAUAAUAAUAACACGGGAGCGCAGUCGAACUCAAUCACUCGCAUUUCUCCCUCCUCCUCCUCUUCCUCACCGGACGAUCAUCGUCUAAUUGGUUCCAGUUCUCCCUCCUCCAAACCAAACAUCCAUUCUUUUGCAGCACAACCACACAAUCGUUACAUUGCACCGGUCACAAACUCCUCAAUGCAUGGUAACCGGACCUCUCUCCAACCUACACCAUCCCCCGUGCGGACUAAUGGCGACCACGGAUCUGUCAUAUCUAUCCCUGUCGUAUCCACCGCACCCCAAUCCGACACAAAUCCAGCUGGGCAUUUUAAACCAUGCGCACCAGCACCAAUAUCCACAAAGUUGUCAGCAUCCCCGUUACCGGUUCCAGCGGAGACCGGAUCACAUCCGUCCUCGCGUCCAAAUACUGCUCAAUCCAUUCCGACACAUCAAUCACCACAGUUGUCAGUUGUGCCAAGAGAUAAACAAUCAACAGUGGACGGUCGAUCCGCAAACUCUUCAAUGCCACUAAAGAAGCGCUUGAUUCAGCGGUAUGAAGCUGACAAUGAAACCGGACCGGUUUCAGGCUCAGCCUCUGCCAUUGAUCCCUCAAGCCUGGGGCGAUGGACUCAACUGAUUGUCCCGUCCGACUCUCACUCCGAUUCUCCCCGCAUGCCAGUGCAUUCGCCUGUCUCUCCGGCCAUCAGUCAAUCUUCACCGUACAACAGCGGUAGCACAUUACUAGCGAAUGAAACGAAGCCAAUAUACAAUAGUGGUACCGAAAAACCGCUCGGAUCGAUGAACGAUAAGGCGAAACAACUAAUUACAUCCGAUUCGACCGACUCACAAAAACGUAGAGGUACUCAGAAUAAAGUGGCUCGAGGGAAACCGUCAUUUACGGACGCGUCAGCACCCUUACAACAACCACCAACUUCAUCAUCGUCACAGUCAGGUACAUUGGGGGCAGGAGCAAGUGCUUCUCAAAGGGUUACGACAACGGAUCCGCGUCAGACUGCGGUUUCAGGUACAAAGCGAGCUGGUGGAAUAACUGGAGUGAAACGUGGAUCAAUAAAAGGGGCACGAAAAUUGGCUCCCAAGUCGAAUGAAAACUACGCCCGUGCAUCCAAAUCCGGUGCUAGAUUCCGGACAGAUAAUGCGGACGAGGAUGCUAAGAGUGGAAAAAUCAAUAAUCAUAGUAGACUCUCUAAUCCAUCUGUCGUUGCCCCUACUCUGCAACAAUCUCGACGUAGAUUGACUGACGAAACUCGAUGCACGCGACGCAAUAGUUCAGGUGCCAGCAGUGUGACCAGUUGGACUCGUGGUGGAGCGAAUCCCUCCGAGGAGGCACCUAGGCGUCGAGUGGCUGCAGUGAACGGGACACUACUUAUGAUGGUGGCGGCUCGUGAGCAACGGAGCAACAGCUCAGCCAGUGCUAGUUCCUGCAGUUUGCACAGCAUGGAUGUUGACGCUAGUAACGAUGAGAAUGGAGAUGAUGAGGAUGAAGAGGACACUGAAGACCGAAAUGAAGAUAGCGUUAUGGCUGAUGAAAGUUCACACUCAAUAGCAUCCUCCACUGCUUCGUCACGAAACGCUGCAGCCAGUCGGUCCUCUUCUAGCCAUCGUCGGCCUGCUCGCUCUAAACCUCGUCCCAAGGUGAACAAAUCAUCUGCCCGUGUGGGAGUAGCUGAGUCUUCAUCCGCGGCAUCUCAUCAUACCACCGUAACUACCGCUCAUAGUCCCGCGAUGGGGAACAACCCCAGAACAACACAAAUAUCCCCCACCGCACAUAUCCCGGACAGUACUCGGACAAAGAAACCGAAACGAGCUGCUGCUUUGGCCGCUUCAGCCGCGACUGCAGCCUCCGCGACCGUUGGAGCGAAACGUGCCCGAGCGGGAUCGAAGCGCACUGGGGCAGAUGACGCAAAACGUAGGCGUCGUAUACGAGAUCGUUCGGAAACUCACCAGUCCCAAACCGAAGAAGAGGUGCCAACAGAGAACGAGGACAAUACAAUCGAUGACGAGUCCGUCCGGGCCACAGAUGAUACCUCAUCUGAGGUCACCACGGUGUCCAGGUCCGAAGGAGCGACUGUGUUGGACGAAUUAGCAGCCGCUUUGAUGGAAGACAAGAUCCCCAUUGAGGAGUUGCUGGAUCACCUUCAUGAUCCACCCAAUUUGGCGCGUCUGACCGAUCAUUCAUUACACCCGGCUCACUCAUUGGACUAUUACAAGCGUAGUCAGAUUCCUUUCGUCCAGCUGGUCAGUUGCAACGACCCCGGACUAAAGCAAGUCCCCAAAUGUCGUGCUUGUCGCCAACUAAAAGUCGGUGCUCAUUAUGAUGCCACGUUGAAUGGUGAGUCCGGUUUGUCUGCAGAUGACACAGCCGGGUCGGAAUCGACGUUCUCCGGUCGUGGUGCCUCAAAUGUGGUCGGGUCCUCGCUAUCGACCGUAGCGAAUCGAGAUGGACAAUUCAAGAGACCGAACGGUCGGAAUUCUCAACUAAAUAAAGCUGGCUCGGCUUCAGGACAUGAAUUCGAUCGAUCUCGGGACCGGGACAAGUCGCGCUCGAAAAAGGGAACGAGCACGGGGGCGGCGAACUCUUCUGCGAUCACGACUUCCAACAAUUCCGCUUCUGACUCGUCCGGUGGUACAAACUCCCCGGUCUCGGUCUUCUGUCGAUUCUGGGGAUUUCGAAAAUUGGCAUUCAACAAUCGUGGUUUGUUGAAAUUGGCUGAUUUUUGCCACUCGAACGAGGCCAGUUCGGAUGAUCGAUCGUUGUGGGAAAUGCAUCACCCGGUCUCUCCACCGCUUAGUGUAAACGCAGCUCGUUACAUUCUGGAGCGAUCCGGCACACUUUUCUGUCGAUUACUUCGCCAAGAAUUAGCAAUCCUGACUGGGAAUCGUGACCGGGAUCAACCGCUUCCCCGUGGUCCUGGAGCGCCUCCGAAACACCUCAACUGGUCUCGAAGAUCCGGCUCGGCCAACUCCAUGUGUCACCUGAGUGCUAAUACCACCGCCGCCACCACAACGACCGCCAACAAUAACAGCACCGCAGUUGCAUGGAAACGUCCUGUAAAGGGGGUGCGUGAGAUGUGCGAUGUGUGUGAGACCACCAUGUUCAAUACACAUUGGGUUUGUGGGAAAUGUGGCUACUCUGUAUGCGUGCAUUGUUGUGAAGAGGCCAAAGCACGUCAAAAAGAGGCUGCCCUCACGGAGGCGGACGAGAGUAACGCAGACGAGACGACGGUCAUUCGUGAUCGAAGCCGGUCAAAGCAUUCCAAAGCACUCCCACCUAAUUUCGAUUGUACAGCUCGAGGUGCUAGUCUGAUGGGCUGGUCUUCGUGCACAACAACCAGGCAACAUCAUGAUCCUGAGCGUCUGCUUCUAACAGCGCUACUACCCGCGUGCACAGUGGGCCGAUUGUUGCACCGCGUGCAUCGGAUCGCUCGGCAUUAUCAGAUUCGGUUGGGUUGUGGCUGUUUACCGAACGAGGCGGAGUUGAACACUCCCAGUGGUUCUGUGGCAAGCGCCAAUCCCCUCCGAUCGAAUGAUCCCACUCGUGGUGGUCCGGUGGAAAAUUCCUCGCUUGAUCUUUUGGCUGACCUCGCCUUGCAAACCGGAAUGACUUCCUCAAGCAUAAAGAAGUGUGAAGAGGGAAUGAAGCAGGAAGAGACCGGCACGGACAUUCGAGACGACGGGAUAGUGUCAGAUACAUUCGUAUACGAUCGACGAGGAAACGGGAACAGCAUUGGAACUGUGCGACGGGGCUUGGAAUCGACCAGNCUUGUCGAUCCAGUUCUGAUCUGUCCGGCACAUCCGUCCUGGCCGACGUGGAUUUGCCUGCUGGUGCGCGGGCCAAUCCAAAAUAUCGCGUGCUCCAGCUUCACCAUCCGGACAGUCCUGGCACACUUCUGGCGUUUCAAUUAUAAAAGUCAGGAGGCGAUCAGAUGGAACUUUGCAAUGAUCCGUCUACCCGAAGACUACAUAAAAGAUACAAUUUGA